AUGGCCCCCGCAGUCCUGUCUCCAGCCCCCCUGACCAAUGUCGCUUCCCCCCUCUCUCCUAGCAUCUUCUCUAAGUCGCGACGAACCUCGGGCUUUCUUGAUAGCGAUAGCAUCUCCAAUCAUGGGAUGUCUCGCUCGGUCACCUCCCGACGGGUAUCUUCUCGGAAGCUACAGUCUUUCGAGGCUUCCAACAUAUCUAAUGUUGUGUAUUCACUAAAGCGUCGCAGUGGUGAUGAGCUGGGCGCUACGGCGUCCUCGAAGCUCUUAAAUGCGACUCACGCCUCACUGAUCGACUGGAUUCGCACUCAGCGCAUGAGUUUGCUCCCUCCCGAAGGUAGCAGCUAUGAUAAGGUGCUGGCUUGGGCACAGCUCUUCGUCGACAGACUACACUCCUUUGACUUGGCCAUUGAAGAGUUUGCAGGCGACAGCUAUCUGGCCGCUCAGCUCGCGUAUGGAUACUGCGCUUUGCUUCUCGAGCUUGGCAAGGGCAAUGAAAGUGCCUUGAUGAUUUCGUUUGGAUUCUUCUACAGCACUUCAAUGGCACUUGUGAACCUCCUUGAACGCAUUGAGCUGUUUACUGUCACCCAGGAAAUUCGUGAACAGCUCGUUUUGGCUCUGGCUGACCUUGUGACAUUGGUAGCCAGCGUUGCCACCUAUUUUCAUCAGGCCAUCCGCGGAAUGACCGGGAACUCAGCUACGGUCAACAUAUAUGCCAAGUUCCCAGGGCAGAUCCAGGCCUUCCAGGGACGUUGUGAGAAGAUAGCUGAGUCCAUGUGGCGGCACCAGCUUCUCAGGGAGAACCUUGAUGGGGCAAGAGUUUCUGAUGUCAAGACCAUCCGCUCCUGGCUCGCGCCGGAAGACUCCGUUCUCGCCAACGUUGCCGAGACCACCUCUCACCUUGCCCAUGAUCGGGAGGAAAUGACUUGUGUUUGGGUCGGUCCUCAUCUGACCCGAUUCUUGAGAAAUAAACAGCAGAAAACCUUCGCCAUCAAUGGAAAGUCUGGCUCUGGCAAAACUGUCCUAUCCUCCGUCAUAGUCGACCAUCUGCAACACCCUAUCGGUGGCGUCAUGCAUAAGACACUGUACAUUCCCAUCAAUGGCCGUCUCCCUGCUGAGACAAGGCCUCGGGCUAUUGUGAAGACUGUUCUGUUCCAAUUGUUCGAGAAGCGCAUCGGCAAUAUCCAGCUCUUCCAAAUUCUUUGGGACGCAUUUGAGCGCAGCAAAAAGGCUCCAAAUGAUAACGACUAUGAUAACAUUCUCUGGAACGCCCUAGAGCGCGCGUUGGCUGCUGGCUUGAAGGGAGCCAAGGAACUCGUUAUCGUCCUUGACGGUGUCGACGAAGCUGCUUGCGAUGAGGCUGUUCUCUUACAGAAGCUCGCUAAUGUUACAGCUAAAGCUAACAAUGUGAAGCUCAUCACGUUGGGUGCCCAGGACCCCCCUAGCCUUCCCGGCCUGCGCCACUACCGCAUCACAGAUGACGGGAUCUAUGAAGAUCUUUGCGCUGUUGUGCGUGGCCAAUUCGAGAGAUCUGAUGCUUACAAUAGCUUGGAUGAAAUGGAACAUUCGAUAUUAGUCAGCCGGGUUGCCAGCGCUUCUAAGGGCUCCUUCCUUUGGGCCAAGCUUGCUAGCAAGCGUGUUCGCGAUGUGGAGAAUGCUGAGAACCUUCGUAAGGCGGUUGAUGCCCUUGUGAAUGCAAAACCGACCAUUACCGAUCUGGUCUUGCAGAUUCUGAACGAAUUGCCGCAAUCCCAAACCAAGGAAGAUGCCAAGUUGAUGCUGCUGUGGCUUGCCACAGCUGACCGCCCCCUCCUGGUAAAGGAACUGAAGGCCCUGGCUUCUAUUCAGCCAGAGAAACAGACUAUCACGGACUACACGGAGGAGCCUCUGAGAGUCUUGCAUCCCGUUAACUCGCUGGUGUUCUUGCAAGAGGGUCAGGUUUUUCUUCGCCACAAUCUCAUCCGCACUGCUGUCUUGGAGAUCUUUUCCAAAGGCAAACUGGUACCAAAUAUCAAGGACCGCCAUGCCGAUCUAGUUACUAGGCUCCUGGUCUACAUCAAGGCCACUGUUACUGAACCACAUGAACCGUCUCUUACACCUCUUGACUGGCAUGACAUCAAUCCCCUCGUCAACAAAUAUCCACUGCUUGACUUUGCCGUCCGCUACUGGAUCACGCAUUUCAGACAAAUGAGCGUUUUUACAAAAAAUGGCGAGGCUCCUGCCGCCAAGGAAUUUGCUAAACUGUUUCCGUCUUCUAUCACCGUCUUUCUCCUGCAGAACACACUCUGGGAGAACAAACCGACUCCGGAGCUGUUGACUUUCACAACCACCGUUACUAACGUCUGUCGUCAGAUCCUGACCAACAAGCACGUUGUGACCCUGCAGUCGAUUAUCUCACAGGCAUUCAUUUAUCGCCAGCUUGAUUACGUUCCGGAGGCUAUUUCUCUGUUCCAUGAGGCAACUAUUAUUAGUCGCAAUCUGCUCACCACUCGCCACAUGGUCACCAUGAAAAUGGCCGCCACAUUUCUCGAAAUCACAACUGGACGAGUCACUAGUACGAAGAGUGAAAUAAUGACUAAGAGGGAGGAAAUCCUCUUGGUGCUGACAGAGUGCUACAAGCAUUACUAUGGGAACACCCACGAGAAUGUGAUUAACACACUGAAGCAGCUUGUCGAGCAUUAUCGUCUGAUUAAGGAGGACCAAAAGGCCGAGGAAUUCACUAUAACCAUUCAGAAGAUAACCGGAGAGUAUGGCCAAGGCCGUGACACUCACGGAAACUUGAAUGUUCACCUCAAGGGCGGUAGUGUGGUCACUUCUGGAAGUGGCACAACUCUUUUGCUCGACAUCGAAGAGCAUGAUGAUUUAAUUGAGGUCGAAGCCUGGAGCUUUGAAGCUUUAAUCAAGCGAGCUGAGACUUACGUUGCAGAGGGUAAGUUUGAAUUGGCGGAGCGCACCUAUGUCGAGAUCUGGCAACACUUGAGUCGGGAGUCCCGCGUUCAGUAUUCGACCCAGGUUGAAGAGCGUAAAAUUCAAUCAGUCCUUGCCUACACCCGGUUUCUGAAAACUCAGAAGCGUGAAUACGAGGCCUCUUCCAUUCUUUCUAGCGUCUGGCAGGAGUAUGAACAGACCACUAUGGCACUGUCAGAGACUUCAAUCUUCCAACUUCAGGAAAUGGCCAAGGUCAUGAAGACCGUUGGACUCACUACUCUGGCUCUGACCGUGUUCAAACACUGUUCGCAUUACUACCAGAGCACCAACCGCACCCAGGUCUCAACCUACCAGGAGAUCCAACAGAGCAUCCAGGCCACCUCCAAAGAGGUCAUGCGGUCUUUCAGUUCUUCAUCCACCACGGUGACCUCCGAAACCACACUGGAGGAAAUGGUCUAUGAGGCAUCUAAUUCGAUAACGACCGUCGAUGAGACCUCCUUCAGUGCCACAAAAACUUUGAUCAGCUUGUAUGUUGAGCAGCGGCGAUGGCAAGAUGCUACUCGUGUCAUAAAGAAGGUGUUGCAUGGCAUCUGGCCUUCGCUAUUUGCCCCUUCCCUGCAGGAUGUUACCCUCCCUAUAAAACACGUGGAAAGCUGCAUCGAGUUAGCCGAGCGACUUAGCUACUGCUACCAUUCUCGCCGUCGCUUGACUAAGGAAGAAAAUGUUCGAGUUCGCAUUUACCGUGCGGUUCGGUCGGGCCGCAAGGUCGAUGACAAGCUGCGGGAUCGCAUUACCAAUGAGCUGCUCCGCCUCUUUGAGCGCACUGCGCAAACUGACAAGAUUAUAAAUCUUCGCCAAGAGACACUGAAUGAUUAUACCAAGCACUACGGUCCUGAGAACCCGCUGGUAGUCAAGAUACUCUGGACCUUGGCUGAACUGACUCGCCCCCGACCCAUCUUUGUUGAUUACUACCAGCAGAUUAUUCGUAUCUUGAACAAAGACUCCCCCGUCUCUCACCCUGAGGCUUUCGAGCCCCUUAUAAUUGUUGCCACUGAGCUAUGGAAGCAGGGCCGCUACUCGGAUGCUCUGCAUCACUACCAGAUUAUCUUCGCCACAUUCCUAAAAGAGCCCAAGCAGAACCCAAAGUUCCAGGAUCAAACAUUUGUCCAUGAACUUUUUGAGCGCUACACUCACUGUCUGCGCAGCGUUCGGACGGAUUUUACCAUACUUCACCAGGUGACCCUUGAUUACCAGACUAAGUGCAAGUCUGUCUUCAGUGCUACAGCUUCCAUCACCCUCAAGGCCACUUUGACGCUGGCCAAGCUGUGCCAGGAAUCGAAGCGAUACGAGCUUGAGGCUAUUACCUUGUAUGAGGAAUUGUACAAGACUCGAUCGGAGGAACUCGAUUUGCAAGAGAUCUCAGCCACUUUGGAUGCAAUCUACGAGGAACAGGCUGCCAUUGUGACAUCGACCAAGACCGAGUCGUUUUCGUCAGCUCAAAUUGAGCGUGCCGUCAAGGUCUGGAAAAAGCGCAUUAGCACCGCUCGUGAGACGCAUGGCUGGGCCCAUGAAGAAUCGCUUACCAAGAUGGAAGAAAUUAUCAAAUUUCACGCCGAGCGCAAUGAGAUCCAGACCGUGGUACAAGAACUCAAAGAGGCGACCGUGCAGAUCCUAACUUCCGAGACCUCCUCUACUCGCUUGAUUGCGGCUGCUACAACCAUCGCUUCUAGUUACAUCGUGACAAAUCAGAUCCAGAAGGCUACCGAGCUAUCCCAGGAGAUCUACCGUCAGAUUGUCAUGAAGGAUACCACUAACUCCAAGUCUGUCGAGUUUGAUCUUUCCUCCAAGGAGCGCCAGAGCUUGGUUUUCUUGGCUCAGCUUGAGUACAGCCUGCGCCGUAGCUCGUCGACCACCAUUACUGAGAUACUUGCUGCCUUGACUACCGAAUAUGUAUACUUUGAGGAGUUCCGAAAGGAAACCAAGUUGAAGAGCAGUAUUAACAGUGUCUCGGUCUCAGCUGCUCGCCUCUAUCAAUUCCUCAUUGCCCACGACCGCCACACCGCGGCCGCUCGCGUGUUCGAUGACUUCGUUGCUUAUUUUAUCAACACUGAGGGCAAGCGAGUGCAGUUGACAGAGGUCUCUCAGGUCAAAAUCUUUGUACUAUCUAUCCUAGGCCAUUUCAGCACCCACCAGUCUGAUAACUUCAUCCGGUCCGUGGGCAUUACGAGCAAUGACCAUGUUCUCGAGCUGCUGAAGAACCAGCGGUGGGAGACUGCCAGCGAUCUUGCUCUUGCUGCGUACAAAUACAUCGUCGCCCACGAUAGCUACCAUACUCCUGAGAUCGUCAAGUUUGUUUUUACCCUUGGUCUGAACAUUGCUGGUCGUGACGUAGCCACCCGCCCUGAUGAGGCCACUCAGAAGAAGCUACUCCAAGUAUCUGGUACGAUUAUCCAGGAUGCUCUGCGCGUGAUCACCAGCCUGAAGAUCAACUUGGCUGGCGUCAGACUUGUCCACCUGAAUAAGUUGAUUGGUCUCCUCGGAGAACAACAAGACUACCACACCCUAGCUUGGCUGUUGACCAUUCUUUGGAACAGUCGAGAGGCCCAGCGCAACUGGCCUACUUUCAUCACUCUUGCUCUGGGACGGCGUUUCAUCAUGGUCCGUUAUUUGGUCGGUGACUACUCCGCUGCCCUUCGCCUGGCGGAGGACAUUGUGUACAAUUGCCGCCGGGUGCACGGACCUCGCCACCCUAGUACUCUGGAGAUGUCUAUACUGCUGUCUCAGCUGUACACUGGCAACGCGCAGCGCUACCAGGCCGAAAAGAACGGGCAGGAAAUUGCUAACCGGUUUUAUAAGAAGAGUGCUGCCGUGCAUGAAAACAUUCUCCGCGUCUUCAGCGAUCCCGAUUAUGCCGAGCUGAAAGGAAUCGAUAGCAGCGGAAGCUUUGAUGGUUCUGCCUACGGUGAGGUAGACGGUCUUGAGGAACACAACGGCACGGUGGCGGGGGGUGAGCACGUUUGUCAGCACCUGCACCUUCUGAAGCUCUCGGUUGAGCGUCUUGGCGAUUGGCCCAAGGACUACGUUGAGUACGAGAAGUUGAACGCGGAUGUCUUCAGGGAGUACAAUGAGCACUUGACCGGAAUUGAGGGUGUCGAGAAGUGGAAUUUGAAGAGCUUUGGUGGCGGCAAGGCGGAGAGUAAUGAAGAUACAUUGGACUUGAAGUUCAAUGCUUGGGAGCUUGUUGAUACCCAGCAUCACGCCGAGGUUGAGGAGGAGUUGUGAUCUCGAUGAUGUUUUCUUUCGCCUGAUAUAUC